CCCCCCAUAAUAGUUGCCAACCCUCUGUCAACCCUUAAAUACUUCUUAAAUAGCGAAAUAAAAUAAAAUCUAAGAUACAUUUUCUGCUACCAUCUGCUGUACAACUUGAGCCCUUUUGACAACCAUCUGCCCAACCUUCUUUCAACCCUCUGGCAACCCUUAAUUGACACUCUGCAACCACCUAUAAACCCUUUACUAACGCGCUGCCAACCCUCUGCCUUCCUUCUGAACAACCUUUUUACAACCCUCUGACACCCCAUUACUAACGCUCUUCCAACCCUCUGUCUUUCUUCUCAAAAACCUUUUUACAACCCUCUGACAACCUUUUACUAACUCUCUACCAACCCUUUGCCUACCCUCUACCAAUCCUCUAUUAACUGUAUGCCAACCCGCAGAAAACCCCGUAGAAUGCCACCUCGUCCAUCACGACCCCGACCCCCUUUCAACAUCCCGCCCCCAACCUCUGGAAGACCCCAAACUAAUUCUACAGUGGCGUGUAGCUGGGCGCCCCCUGCCCUGCGGUACCCUGCCCGGGGGGUCGUAUUCGGUGUGGACCUUGCCAGCAAAUGCCUCUUCUUCGUACUGAACACGAUCUAUUGGCUGGCUUCUUACCUGCUGAGCUGGACUUUUUGUGUCUUGAAACUCCUCGCGGCACUUGCCCUGCAGCUGGUCCUGUUCCUGCCGAAGAUGGUCCUGUCUGUCAUGACACAGGUACUCUACUUCCUCUUCGUCUCCGUCAUCAACUACCUGGCCAUGUUUGUCCUGGUUAUGUAUGUCCUGCCCUCGCCCGUCAGCACCGCCAUCUCCAGAGCUAUGUGGCAUUACCUAGGAUUCAAUCUGUUCGACCCUUUCACCUCACAGAACGGUCCUUCCAAGGUUUAGUAAGCUUGGAGAAAAAAAACUUUCAACUCGUAGAACGGUCCUUCCAAGGUUUAGUAAGCAUGGAGAAAAACAUUUCAACUCACAGAACGGUCCUUCCAAGGUUUAGUAAGAAUAAAGGAAACAUAUUUUAGCCCGGAGAGUUGUCCUUCCAAAGUAAGAAUGGAGAAAAAACAUUUCAUGCCCAUAAAUGGUCCUUUAAAAGUUUAAUAAGACUGGGAAAAGAACCUUUCAACUCAAUAAUUGGUCCUUCCAA